AUAUAAAUAAUUACAAUGCAGAUCUUGUUACAGUCCAUAACUUGAAAUCCCAUCUCUCGUCUCUGUAUCAGUGUUUCUCCCCGCACGAAUCAAUUGAUCCCCAGGCAAAACAUGAAGCUGCAUAUGAUCAGUCCCAUCUUUGUUCUCGGCUCUCUUCUCUUUCUGCUUCUGUGCUUCCAUAAUCCAACAUCGGUCACGGCUCAAGAAGUUGAGGAUGAGAGGGAAUUUGAUUAUGGGGAAGGAAGCGAGAAGGGGCCUCACAGAUGGGGAGAGCUGAAGAAGGAAUGGGCAGCGUGCAAGAACGGAGAAAUGCAGUCUCCCAUUGACAUGUCCAACCAGAGGGUCAAGAUAAUCCGCAAGAAAAGAGAGUUAAAGAGAGAUUACAAGCCCGCGAAUGCACUUCUCAAGAACAGAGGCCAUGAUAUCUCGCUUCAGUGGGAACUGGGUGAGGCUGGAUCCAUUAAGAUCAACGGCACAAAUUACUUACUGCAGCAAGGCCACUGGCACUCCCCUUCCGAGCACUCCAUCAAUGGCCGCAGGUACGACAUGGAACUGCACUUGGUUCACGUAAGCCCAGACAGCAGAGUGAAGAACCAGAUUGCAGUGAUUGGGGUCCUCUACAAGAUUGGUCGCCCCAAUGCUUUCCUCUCCCAAUUGCUGAAGAACAUAUCGCUUAUCAGUGACACGAAAGAAGAGAUUAAUAUGGGAGUGAUCGAUCCCAGAGAGAUGAAAGUGCGCGGCAAGAAAUAUUACAGAUACAUGGGUUCGCUUACUGUUCCCCCUUGCACUGAAGGUGUUAUCUGGAUUAUCAAGAAAAGGGUGAGGACUGUGUCGAAAGAGCAAGUACAUUUACUGCGCGAGGCUGUUCAUGAUUAUGCAGAGACGAAUGCGAGGCCACUGCAGCCAAUCAACAGUAGAGAUAUCCACAGCGCAUAGUUUCAGCUCGGAGAAGAAGAAAGAGCGUACUUUGUGAAUUUUGUGAGCUUUUGUGACAAGCUUAAUGCCAAUAUUUUAAAUAGAGAGUAUUUAAAUGAUUUAAACUGUUUGUUGAUAUAGAUUACAUAAACUUUAGAUGGACAAUCAAUCUUUAUUUAUGGUAUUUUUCCCAAAGCCUGCUUCUUUUUCUAAAGACUUGCUAAUCUAUUCAUUCUCCUGCCAAAAGUCUUAAAUGUUCUUCUUCCAAAUGAACACAUCAAUUUAAUCAUGUUUUCUAUGUUUUAUCUUUAAUAAAAACCGCAUUAAUCUUCUUAUAAAUAAUCUCAUUCUUACCUCCUUU